AACAACAACAACAACAACAACAAAAACACACACACAAACUUCUGGGGCUCCGCGCGGACUUCUUGGAUCCGCGCUGUGCCCCCCUCCCCGGCGCGCGGAGCGCGCCAGGGGGCGGCGCCAGAGGCGCCGCCAGGGUGUCCCAGCGCGGAUCCGAGAACUCCGCGCGGAGCGCCAAAAAGUCUGUGUUCACAGCGCUUGUUCCUUCCCCGAGACGUGGGAGGCGCCCGCUGGCUCCGCCAGCCUGGCCCGGCCCGGCCCACGAUGGAUUAUUCCCUGCCCGAGGCGCGCAGAGAGCGGCGCGGGAGCAGGUGCGGCCUCCCAAGCAAGACGCGCAGCAGAGCCAAGCGCAUAGGCGCUCGGCUCUCGGAGCUCCGCGCGGACUUCUCGGACCAGCGCUGGACUUCGCGCCGGACCCACAGGCGUUGCCGCGGCGCGUGCGCGCUCGAGGCGCGCCCCCCACGGGGCGGCGCGCGGCGACGCCGCAGGGGGGGGGGGCUCCAGCGCCGACCCCGAGACGCCUGGGCGGACCUCCGAAGGAGUCGAGCGGUGCUCUCGUGCAGCUUUUGCCCCCGCUCGAGAGACCGGCAGGGCAUCCCACAUGCCCUCGGCUGGACCGGAGGACGCUUCGCAACUGCUUGACCCCCAGGCUCGCCGCCGACUCUCGGCAGCGUCACCCAACGCGGCGCCCCUCGCGCGGCUGCACCCCGGCCGCGACGCGGGAGGCGCGCGCCGCGAGGGCGAGGCCGGGGCCCCCUCCGUCGGGGCCUACCCCCCGCAGGCCUGGCUGCGCCCGUCGAGCAGGCCACCGAGCAUGCCCGCCCGCACCCCUGGGAAUGCGACUGGCCGGACGAGGGUGGGCAAUCAGCUCCAGGGCGACCAGCGCGGCGGCGCCGUGCUGCUGCACCUGGCCGCUGCUGCCGCCGCCGCCGACGAUCCCCGCAUCAUUCGAGGUGCAGAGGUCGCAGGACUUCUCACCGAGCGGGCCCUCAUGUCGCCAGCGGUGCAGGUUCGGUCCGCCCUCCGCGUCAUCGGGUUCAACCCGAUGUUCGCGACGGGCAUUCGCCUGCGACUCGUGGGGUUCCUCCUCGCGAUCACCUACCCAUGUGCUUGGAGCUGGAGAAUGUUAAGGGCCCUCACGACCUCCCCGCCCAGGCCCAACAGCGUAUUUGCCCGUCUGCACUUCUACGGGCGGUCCGACAAGGGGCAGUCCGACCAAAAGGUGCGCAAGGCAGGGGGCAAGGGCCCUGGUGGCGGCGGUGGCGGCAAAGGGAAGGAUGAUUUCAGAAUGCUGGUGCUCAUGCUGGCCAAGCUGGUGAUGACGGGUGCGCGCCAGAUCGCGGCGCUGGAGUCGGCCGUCUACGAAAGCUACUUCUGCGCCGAGAGCAGCGGGGCGGACAUCGGCACGGUGGCGCGCGGCGCAAGCAUGGAGGAAGAUCGCGUAUCAACCAUGAUGAAAGAGAAGCAGAAUAACGGCGAGACGGUCGACUUCCGCGAGCGAGGAGCACCGUACGUCGCAGUCUUCGUCACAAUGAUCCGCCACGUCAUGGUGAUGACCCAGGUCGACGGCCCCCACGCGGACGCAGCUGUCCACGGCCCAGUUCGCAAAUAG